AUGCUUCAAUCCCGGAAUAUUUCAAAAGUUCUUGUCCAGUUACUUGAGCCAACGCCAGAGGUUACGAGGUCGAUUCCCAUUGCCAUAGCGUUGCUUUCUCUAACCAGUGAAUUACCGUUACUCUCCUGCGUGUCCCAGCUCUAUAAGGAUAGGAAAGACGAGGCAAAUGACUCAAAUCUCGCAAAGAUUGACAGCCAGGAAAGUUCUGCCGAUAAUGCAGAUAUUUCAGGUAAUUAUGACUUUACGCCGAACCAAGGUGUAACUAUAGAGGAUCCGAUUGUCGCAAACGGCAAGCCUUCCACCUCGUCGCAAAAGUUGGAGCAGUUACAGAAGAAAAUCAACGAUUUUGAGGAUAAUUUUGACAGCAAUUACAUAAACGCCAAUGUUAAUCCGAGCGACAAUUUGAACAUAAUAUCGAUACUGGCAUUACGCCAAUUUCAAGAGCGAAAGACUUCUGGCGUUCCGUGUGCGAUGGAGCCGUGGAUGGUGUUCACCACAAACGAGUAUAUCUCCUAUCUCUACCAGGUAAAUGACGAGUAUGCGGUUCUUUUCUGUUGCGACUCAUCAUAUCCUAAAGGAUUUGCCAUUAAAAGAUUGAAGAAGUUGUGUAAGUAUCUACAGAGUAAUAUGUAA